UAAGAAAAAGAAAAAGAUGCAAAUUUGGGGAGAAAAAAAAAAAUAAAAAAUCAGAAAGAAUAUCCCAAAAAGAAAAGAAAAAAGGAAAAAAAGAAAGAAAAGGGAAGGUUGUCUACGUAUGAAGAGAACAGCUCAAUAAGACCUUCCAUUCCACUCACCAAUAAAAUGAGCUGCCCAUUGCCUUUGUCUUUCUCCUCUCAUUACCCCUUUUUUUAGCUCUCUUUCUCCUAUAGCUGUACUACUCUUCUUCUUCACUCUCUCUCUCUAACCAACACAAGAAUAAGAAGAAGAAGAAGAAGAAACAGUCAUUGAUUUUGAGGACCCAAAAGAGAAAAGAAAAAACCUUUAUUAAUUAAAAAUGGUUUACUCUCAUUUGGGGUGUUUUUGUAUUUGGGGUUGGUCUUUGUUUGUGCUUACAGUUACUCUUGUUAAUGUUUCUGGUUCAACUAGUAAUAAUAACUUGCCCAUCAUAGCUUUUGAUGAAGGGUACACCCAACUUUUUGGGGAUGAUAAUCUGAUUAUCCAUAGGGAUGGAAAAUCAGUUCAUCUUUCUCUUAAUGAAAGAACAGGGUCUGGAUUUGUUUCUCAUGACCUUUAUCUUCAUGGGUAUUUUAGUGCUUCUAUUAAGUUACCUUCUGAUUAUACUGCUGGAGUUGUGGUUGCCUUUUAUAUGUCUAAUGGUGACAUGUUUGAGAAGAACCAUGAUGAAAUUGAUUUUGAGUUUUUGGGUAAUAUAAGAGGCAAAGAAUGGAGGAUUCAGACUAAUGUUUAUGGAAAUGGAAGCACAAAUGUUGGCAGAGAAGAGAGAUAUAAUCUAUGGUUUGAUCCUUCUGACGAUUUUCAUCAGUACAGCAUUCUCUGGACUGAUUCUCAUAUCAUAUUCUAUGUAGACAAUGUUCCAAUAAGAGAGGUGAAGAGAACAGAGUCAAUGGGUGGUGAUUUCCCAUCUAAGCCAAUGUCAUUAUAUGCCACAAUUUGGGAUGGUUCAGAUUGGGCAACUAAUGGUGGAAAAUACAGAGUAAACUACAAAUACUCUCCCUAUGUAGCCAAAUUCUCCGACCUCGUCCUCCACGGUUGCUCGGUCGAUCCAAUGGAGCAAUUCUCCAAGUGUGACAACAUCCCAAAUUCAAAAUCCAUCCCAACCGGUAUCACACCAUCGAAACGAAUCAAAAUGGAGGGCAUAAGGAAGAAGCACAUGACAUACUCAUAUUGCUAUGACAAACUUAGGUACAAGUCUCCUCCUUCCGAAUGCGUGAUCAACCCUCAAGAGGCCGAGAGACUUCGCAAAUUUGAUCCCGUUACCUUUGGAAAUGGCCGUCGCCACCAUGGGAAGCGCCACCACAGGAACAAAGCUAGCCAAGCACAGAAAUAGACCACAUAAACGCAACUCCAUUCUAUAUAUAUAUAAAAAAAAUGUCUUCUUUGAUGGAUUCAUUUCAUGGUUCUACUUUUUUAAUUUUUGUGUAUAGAGGGAUAAAAUGAAAAAAGAGCACAGAUUUAUUGAGAGGGUGAUGAUAGAGUAUUAUUAUUUUAUAAUAUAUGGUUUUAAUUUCUUCUUUUUCAA